AUACUUGUAUAGUUUUGUUAGCAAUGCAAUUUUGGCUAAUUACUUUAAUACUACUUUGGCCUAAUCUUUGCCAAGUGCAGAGCUAUGGAGGCAGCAGAUAUGGAGGCAAUCGCGAGCAGUCCAUACGCAUAGGUCUUAUCACCGAUGAUGAGAGCGAUCACAUACGCCAGACCUUUGAGCAUGCCAUAGCGGUGGUCAAUAAUGAUCUGAGUGUGCCACUCCAGGGCGAGGUGGAGCAUGUAAACUAUGGCAAUUCGCUGCUCGCCUUUGGGCAGCUAUGCAGACUAAUGCAGAGCGGCGUUGGUGCUGUGUUUGGUCCCUCGGCCAGGCACACAGCAGCGCAUUUGCUUACAGCCUGCGAUGCCAAGGACAUACCUUUUGUCUAUCCACAUUUGUCUUGGAAUGCACAAACAGAUGGCUUCAAUCUGCAUCCGCAUCCACAGGAUAUAGCGCAUGCGCUUUAUGAUAUUAUAACGCAAUUUGACUGGUCGCGUUUUAUAUUUUGCUACGAGUCUUCGGAGUAUCUAACCAUAUUGGAUGAGCUUAUAAGUCUUUAUGGCAUCAAAGGACCUGUUAUAAAGGUCAUGCGCUAUGAUCUCAAUCUGAAUGGCAACUACAAGUCUGUACUGCGACGCAUACGCAAAUCCGAGGACAGUCGCAUUGUUGUUGUUGGCUCCACCGAAGGCGUAGCUGAGCUGCUUAGGCAAGCGCAGCAGGUGGGCAUUAUGAAUGAGGACUAUACUUAUCUUGUAGGCAAUCUAGACUUGCAUACCUAUGAGCUGGAGGAGUACAAGUACAGUGAAGCUAACAUUACAGGUCUGCGCAUGUUUGAUCCAGCUAAAAAAGAAGUGCGCGAUUUGCUGGAAACGCUGCAUCAACAAAUGGGCGAGGAUACAACGCAAGCUGAAAAUCCUGCAGGUGCCACAACCAUUACGCUGGCCAUGGCCUUGACCUAUGAUGCAGUGCGUGUCAUUGCAGAGGCUUCCAAGCUUGUGCCCUAUCAGCCAGCACAGCUGAACUGCUCCGAGCGUCAUGACAAUGUGCAGCCAGAUGGCUCCACUUUUAGAAACUACAUGAGAUCGCUGGAAAUUCUGAAUAAAACCAUAACUGGGCGCAUAUUCUUUCAAGGAAAUGUGCGCAAAGGCUUUAGCUUUGAUGUUAUUGAGCUGCAGCCUGAUGGCUUGGUUAAGGUUGGCACCUGGGAGGAAGGCAAGGACUUUGAAUUCAAGCGACCACCACAAGUAGCGCAUUUCCAGGAUAACGAAGAAAACUCGCUGGUUAACAAAACAUUUAAUGUGCUUAUAUCAGUGCCAAACAAGCCCUAUGCUAGUUUGGUAGAGAGCAUCAACACAUUAAUUGGCAACAGUCAGUACGAAGGAUAUGGCAUUGAUCUAAUCAAAGAGCUUGCGGAAAAGUUGGGAUUUAAUUUUACUUUUAUUAAUGGCGGCAAUGACUACGGCUCUUUUAAUAAAAGUACUAAUAUAACUACGGGCAUGUUGAAGGAAAUUGUUGAAGGCCGCGCUGAUCUUGCCAUUGCUGAUCUCACUAUAACUUCAGAGCGUGAGGAAGUCAUUGACUUUUCACUGCCGUUUAUGAAUUUGGGCAUUGCUAUUUUAUAUAUAACACCACAAAAAGCAGAGCCAGCACUCUUUUCUUUUAUGGAUCCUUUCUCCAAAGAAGUUUGGCUCUAUCUAGGUCUAGCCUAUUUGGGCGUUACCUUAUGCCUUUUUGUGCUAGGCAGACUGUCGCCUUCGGAAUGGGAUAAUCCGUAUCCAUGCAUUGAAGAGCCUGAAGAGCUGGAGAAUCAGUUUUCCAUAAACAAUUCGCUUUGGUUUACUACUGGAGCGCUGCUGCAGCAAGGCUCAGAAAUUGCGCCAAAAGCGCUUAGCACACGCACUAUAUCUAGUAUAUGGUGGUUUUUUACUUUAAUUAUGGUGUCUUCGUAUACUGCCAACUUGGCUGCUUUUUUAACAAUUGUCAAUCCUACAAGUUCCAUUGACAAUGUUGAGGAUUUGGCAAAUAAUAAGGACGAAGUGCAGUAUGGCGCCAAGCGUACAGGCUCUACAAGAAAUUUCUUUUUGACCUCUGAAGAUCCUAUAUACAUGAAAAUGAAUGAAUAUAUGACCACUCAUCCGGAAAUGCUGACAGAAACCAAUCAAGACGGCGUUAAGAAAGUUAAAGCAAGCACCAAAUAUGCAUUUCUCAUGGAGUCCACUUCGAUUGAGUUCAAUACGGUGCGCGAAUGUAAUUUAACCAAAAUAGGCGAUGCGCUGGAUGAGAAAGGCUAUGGCAUUGCAAUGGUUAAAAAUUGGCCAUAUCGCGACAAGUUCAAUAAUGCUUUGCUGGAGCUGCAAGAGCAGGGCGUGCUGGCCAGGCUUAAAAAGAAAUGGUGGAAUGAAAUUGGCGCCGGAGUCUGCAGCGCCAGCAGUGAUGACAGCGGCCCCUCUGAGCUGGGCAUGGAUAACUUGAGUGGCAUCUACGCUGUGCUAAUUGUUGGCUCAAUUCUAACUUUUAUAUUCUCCAUACUUUAUUGGUGCAUAUUUGUUUUCAAAAAAGCAAAGUUCUAUGAUGUGCACUUUACCGAUGCGCUUGUUGAAGAGUUUAAGAUUGUCAUUAGCUUUUCGGAGAACGAGCGCAUACUAAAGAGUGCGCAGUCUGUUUAUUCACGCAGUCGCAACUCUUCAUCGCAGUCUAUAGAAUCAAUUGAAACAGACUCUGAGGAUCAUACGCCUCAACAUUAAUAAUUUAUAAUAAACAAAUGUUACUUACACUCAAAUGUUGCAAAAUAAAACUCAA